UUGGACUCCUGCUGGCCCGGUAUAAUUCGUACGCACCGUCCUUCCAGCACCUGCCUUUUGGGGAGUCGGGUUGUAGGCACACUCAGGGUACCCGGGCUCUUCACUGCGGACAGUGGGCCUGCACUAAUCCCCUCCGGCCUCUCCACCCCCGCAGGCGUGAAGACCCCCUUGUGGAAGAAGGAACUGGAGGAGCCCGGGGCCGGGGAGGUGGAGGCAGAGGAGGUGGAGGAAGGGACGGAGGAGGAAGACGAGAGGCCGCAGGAGGAGAGCACCGCAGGGCGCGAGUCGGAGCGGGAGUCGGAGCGCGAUUCGGAGCGCGAUUCGGAGGGCGAGUCGGAGCGCGAGGCGGCGCGCGGCGCGCGGGGCUCGGUGUCUCACGGCCCGCUGCGCCAAGAGUCCAACACCCAGCAGGUGGCGCUGCUACGGCGCGCGGACAGCGGCUUCUGGGCUUGGCUCAGUCCCCUCGUGCUGCUCGGCGGCCUGGCGGCUCUCGCCGACAGGAAGCGGAGCCUCCCGGAGGAGACUUGCGUGUUGGAGACGCGGCGCCGGCCGCAGCGCGGCAGGGGCUGUGCGCGCUGCGAGAUCCUUUUCUGCAAGAAAUGCAAGAACCUGCACAGCCACCGGGCCUACGUGGCGCACUGCAUUCUGGAGCACCCAGAUUUGGAUACUUCUGGCCAGGUGGGCAGAAACAACGCCUAGAGAAAAGAACCCCAGGGGACGCUUCCUGAGAAAACCGCCCCUUCCCCUCAAAUCAUUCAAUAAAGCCUCUGAUCCAAGUGUCAGUGCCUUGAAGUUGGGGUUGCUCCGCAGAAGGGGGGAAGAUCGACCCUCUCACACCUUCCCCUUCUCCAGAGUUCAAGCCAGAGGGAAAAGGGCAGGCCGAGAGGCUCCUUGUUCCACUUCCCCCAGGUUAGGACGGAACAAAGCACUUGCAUCCAGGGGUAGUGAAUGGCCAUUCUCCUCACUGCUCAGAGAACAUGAAGGCCCAGGGCCAGGAAUGCCCCGGGGGAGCCCAGC